GCGGCGGGGCUCGGCUCCAGCAGCAACCAGCCCCUUCUCCCCUGUCUCCCCAGCGCGCUCCUCUCCGCCUCGUCCCGGGCAGCAGCAGCAGCAGCCAGCGAGCCUCUCGCCCGCCCCGGCGCCGCCUCCCCGGCCGAGGGGGAGCGAAGGCGGGCGGGAGGAAGGGGAGGGCGCCAGGAAGGGUCCCGAGGACGCCGCCACCGCCGCCGCCUCCUCACAUGACUGCCGAGAGAGAAGGAGGCGAGCCAUGGACGAGGAGCCGCCCGCCGCGGGAACGGGGGCAGCCGGAGGGGCCUCAGGUGCGGGUUGCGCUGAGGGGAACCCAGGGCCGCGCGAGGGGCAAGCGCGGGCCGUUAGCUCUUUCCUGUUUUUCUGCACCGCUGAGGUAUUAUUGGAGCGGCGGCGGCGGCGAGGAGCCACAGCUGCGCCUCUUGUCGGGGAAGGGGCUGAGGCACCCGGAGGACCUUGUGAGGCGUCCGCCCCGGCACCUCCUUCGCCGACAAGCCCCCACCCCUGGGCGCCCUCGUCUCCUUGAGGGUGGCUUGCGGGAAGGCGGCAUUUCCACGCCGCGCUUUCGCCGCUCUCUGAGAAAGUACAGCGGCAGUCCUUGCAUUAUGUAGAUAGAGAUAGAUAGCCUUGCAGUUGGCGGAGUCGGGAGAAGAGGGCAAAGGAAGCCUUUCUUCCUCCGCGCAGCGCCUUGUUAAUCUGCGGAACUCGCUCCCGCAGGGACAGCGGCGGCCACCCAACUUGGGUGCCUUUCAAAGGGGAGUAGACGAAUUCCUCGGAGGAGGAAGAGGAGAGGGCGAUGGGUGGCUACUGGCAGGAUGGCUUUGCUCCGCCUGAACAGUUGGAGGCAGCGAUGCUUCUGAAAUGACCAGUUGCUGGAAACUACAGGAGGGGGGAGGCGGCUUAUUUAUUUAUUUAUUUGAAUUUAUACAUGCUAUUGGGGGCAGAAAAGCACUGCUUGUGAGAAUUAUGUAAGGAACAGUGGCAAUUCAUAAAACGGUUCUUGAUGGCCUUGGGAAGACAAGGAGCACCCAUGCUAAAAAAUUUUUUGUCUUGGUUCAGCCCCUUUAUGUAUUGUCAUGCGGCAGUUUCACAUUUCACUACUUCUAAAGCUACUGUGGGAAAUAGUCGUUCAUGAAUAGUUUAUUUGAAACAGUUGUGGUUAUUAAUCUACAUAGAAGUAUUUAUAUGUGUCACUUUGUUUCUAGGUGGCUAUCCUCUCUGCAAUAUUAUUUCUUUAACUUCCUAGAGCAAUCCUUUCUUUCUAGGGUUACUCAGGCCCACUGAGUUCAAUGGGGUUUACCGCUAUGCAAGUGUACAUUAGUUUGCUGCAGCAAAAGAAGUCGUGUGUUAACCUUAAAGGCUAGCAAAUUAGCCUUAGUUCAGUAAUACUGUACAUUCUUUGGCAGGUACCACAAGAUACUUUGUAGUACAAUAUUUCUGUACUGUACUAUGGCAUGGGAAAUAGUUGUUUUGAAAUAGCUUAGGUCAUGUUAUUUAUUAUUAUUCUCUUUGAAUUAGUAGUAUUUCUAUAGCUACAGUGGGAAUCAAUCUUUUAGCAAUACAGUGGUACCUCUGGUUAAGAACUUAAUUCGUUCUAGAGGUCCGUUCUUAACCUGAAACUGUUCUUAACCUGAGGUACCACUUUAGCUAAUUGGGCCUCCCGCUGCUGUCACCGCACAAUUUCUGUUCUCAUCCUGAAGCAAAGUUCUUAACCCGAGGUACUAUUUCUGGGUUGGCAGAAUCUGUAACCUGAAGCGUCUGUAACCUGAGGUACCACUGUAGUUCCUCUGAAAUAGUUCUUCUGCUUAAUGUGGAAGUAGAAUCUGACGCUGCUUCUUUUGAAAUAGUAUUUCUAGCAAAUGUGGAAGUCUUUGUAAUCUGCUUCAUUCAUGGAAAAGGCCUGGUAAAACCCAAGCAGGUUUUGAGAUAAACAUUUAACAGUACAGUUUUUAUAGGCCGUCUGACAAUGCUUAAUGUUCACCUGUGUGAAUAAUGCCUAGGUAUGUUAAGCUAAUUGCCAUAUCUUCUGCUGCACAUAUUAUUCUGUUAGCACUAAAGUGAGGAAUUGUGCUUUAGGAGCCUACUUAGCAAUAUGAUUUUGCAGCCACAUAGGUUAGAUAACUGAGAUCUUUAUAUGCUGAGGAAAAUGGAUGUCAUUGAUGGAGGAGGAAGGUGUGUAGCUUGUUAGCAGAGUAUUUGCUUUGCAUGCAGAAAGUCCCAGGUUCAGUUCCUGGCAUCUCCAGAUAGGGGUGGGAAAUUUCGCUGUUUGAAAUGCCGGAAAGCCUCUGCCAGUCAAUAUAGAUGGGGCUUUCCCCCCCCAGCUGGAACUUGCCAGAACUAAGUGGGCGCCAUUGCCAUUAUAAGAGAACAAGGGGGGCAUUCGUGGUGAGUUCAGGCACCUCUUUUUCUAGAAGAAUAGCACUGAACAUAGACAAUAUUCAAUUAGAUGGACCAGUGUGGUCCUAUGUUUGUUCCCUAAAAUUGUUUGGUCAAAGGCUGGAAAUCAUAGAAUUGUAGAGUUGGGUCAUCUAGUCCAACCCCCUGCAAUGCAGGAAUCUCAGCUAAAGCAUCCAUGACAGAUGUCCAUCCAACCUCUGCUAAAAAACCUCCAAGGAAGGAGAGUCCACAACUUCCUGAGAGAGUCUGUUCCACUGUCAAACAGCUCUUACUGUCAAAAAGUUUCUGCUGAUGUUUAGUCGGAAUCUCCUUUCUUGUAACUUGAAGCCAUGGGUUCAAGUCAUACCCUCCAGAGUAAGAGAAAACAAGCUUGUUCCCUCUUCCAUGUGGCAGCCCUUGAGAUAUUUGAAGAUGGCUAUCGUAUCUCUUCUCAGUCACCUCUUUUCCAGGCUAAACAUACCCAGCUCCUUCAACUGUUCCUCAUAAGGCUUGGUUUCCAGUCCCUUGAUCAUCCUGGUUGCUCUCCUCUGCACACCUUGUCCACAUCCCUCUUAAGUUGUGGUACCCAGAAUUGGAUACAGUAUUCCAGGUGUUAUCUGACCAAGGCAGAAUAUAGUGGUACUAUUACUUCCCUUGAUCUGGACACUAUACUUUGGUUGAGGCAGCCUAGAAUAGCAUUAGCAAAUACAUUUGAGGAAAAUAUAUGAAAGUUCCAGGAGGAUGGAGCAACUUGCACUGAAAGUGCUCUCAACAGCAUGCAAGCCCAAGUGACUCAACAUGAUUUUCAGACGCGUUUUACUGAUUGCUCUGCCCGCCUUUUGUGUGAAAUUAGAAGAGAGAAGGAAUUCUUGAUUUGAAUUGUUUCGAAAUGCUUAUUUCUUGUAAAACGGAUUCAUCCUUCUAUCUGUUUAAUGGCCUUUAAUGUCCAUACACGCAGCACCAAAAGAUAAUAUUCUGCUCAUGUAUGCUGAAAUCCAUAUCUUUUCUUGAUAAGUUACCUCCUGACUCUCUGUGAAUCAGCUUCCAGUGUCUUGCAUCAUGCAGGCACAAUCCUAUGCUGACAGAGCAAUCCAAGCAUACUUGCUUACACAAAAGGAAGUCAUAAUGAGUCCAGCGGGUUUUACUUCUUAGUAAGUGUGUAAUACCAUUUCUUAAAGGAAGGAUUUGCAUCAUUUUCAUUCAUUAUUAUGUUGAAGUUAGUAAAGUUACGGUGUCAUUCCACCCUUCUUCCAAGGAUUUCUGAGCCGCAUCCAUGGUUCUGCUCAUCCUCUUAUUCUCACAGCAACCCUGUGGGAGGAGGUUAGCAUGUGACUGCGUGAGCUUCACUUCAGCAGGGAUUUGAACCCAAGUCUUCCAAGUCCUAAUUCGGCACUCUAUGCACUAUGCCAUACUGACUAUAAUUUCUUAAACUAAACUGUUUUCACAAUCUGUAUGCCGAAUCCUUGGCAGCAAUUCUCUCUGUUCAAACGUACGAUGCAAAUUUGUAAGUGGAAAAUAGAAGCGAAGGAGAGUUGCUUAAGGCCACCCAGUUAAUUUAUGGCUGUCAUGAGAUUGGACCAAGGUCUUCCUAGUCUUGAUUUCUACAUUGGCUAUUAAAAAUGGCUUGGCCAAACAGAAUAUUCCGAAUAAUCCAUCUGUUUCAUAUUGAAGGUUGUUUUUGGCAGAGGGAGUGUGUGAUUUUCCUGGCGUGAGGGGAAGCGAAGAAUUGCAGAAGUGAGACAGUAUGUGUCACUUAGUGAAACUCCAUGUAAACUUGUAGGCGGUAGUUUUGCCUUCUGGUGAAUUCUAGCAAUGCUGAUGUGGUUGGGGGUUUCCGGGGGCGGGGGGUAAACCACCCCCACCACACACAAAACCCCCUAACCCCUUCAUAGGAGGAAGUUAUUGAUGGACAGUUGUACAUCUUCCUACGGGAUUGUUUACUUCUGAUUGUAAGUUGCUUUGAGAGCUUUUUUUAAAAAGGAAGCAGGAUUUUUAAAAUGAUAAUCUGGUAAAUACUUAAUUGAGAGUAAACUGUGCUGAUUUCUUUGGAACUCACCACCAUGUAAUCCUGAUUAUAGUCUCUGUCAAUAGAUAGAAAGUCACGAGCUGGAAAUCUAUCUCUAGAAUAAGAUAGGGAAGAAGGAGGAAAGGAAAGGCUGAUGAAUGAUCCUUCAUUAUUAUGUUCAGAUCCUUGGCUCCAAAUUGGCAGGGAAACAUCUGGUUUUGCUAAGGGGAAAUCUAGGCUCCCUGCAUUAUUUGGACCCAGAGUCCCCACCCCCCACAGGUCAUGGCUUGAGAUAGUAAGGAUGAAACCUUGUCUGUUCUUCCUGGUGGACUAGUCACAUUGCUUCCUGAGGAAUUCCCCCCCCCUUCCCAUUCUCUUUGGGAUUGUUGAUUUGCUGAGGUUGCUAUUAUGAUGCCCAUUUUCUAUUUUACGGUACCCUUGAAUAUUUGCAUCUUGGAAAGAGUUUGGCAAAUGCAGCAGCAGUCGUUUAGACAAACAGUUUUGUCCGGACCCCGAACCCUAAGAUAAUUAUGUGUUAUGCUUGCUUUUAUGCUUGCGUAAGUUCUGUCAGGCUCUGUGCCAGAUAGCUGGAAAACAGAGUGACGCUUCUCAAAAGCAUCAUGACCCAAACUAGCUUUUCCUUAUAACUAAAAUUAGUUUUUCCUUUUAAAACUGAUGCAGCCUAGCAGUGUACUGUUGUGAGGCGUGCAUGCAACAGGGAUGAAGUAUCUCAGCAUCAUGAUCAACAGCUAAAUUUGUUGAUCCUCCUGUUUGUUGAGCCUUGGUGGGUAGCUCUGAAAGACGGGGCCUUCUGCGUUGUGACACCAUUGCAUUAGAAUUCCCUCGGUGGUGGGUGUACUUGGCUCCAUCUUGUCACCAUUUGGUCAAGAUGGGGCAAUUUUGAGAGGUCUUGGUUGACUCAGGCUUGUGAUGAUGGUGUGCUUUUACAAUUGUGCUUCUGUGUAAUUUGGUCGUUGUUUAUAUGAACAUUCAUUCAUUCUGUUAAAUUGUUGAGCUAAAUCAUAAAUGGGGGAAAUCUUACUUUUUCAGUAACUUGCUAUAGAUUUUAAUUGUAUCAUUGUAAAAUAUUUCAAACAUAUAAUAUGUAUGGCAGUGGAUUAUUCUGCCAGUUUGUUUUAAUCAUAUUUUGAGUGGCCCAUUUAUUACUGUACUACUAUAUGACUCCUUGACUUCCACCUGCACUGUGCCAGGAAGAUUUUGGGCAUCACAUGGCAGGACAGAAUCUCAAACAAAGAUGUUGUUUCCCAAGCCCACAAUCCAAGCAUGUUCACACUCCUGUCUCAGCGACGUCUACGCUGGCUAGGUCAUGUUCACAGAAUGGAAGGUGGCAGCUCUAUGGGAAGCUGGUUUCUGGUACUAGGCCUGUCGGCAGACCAACUCUGUGUUACAAAGAUCAUGACAUGAAGGCUGGCAACAUUAACCUUGCAGUGUGGGAAUCCCUUGCAGAUGACCUCUGUGCCUGGAGACAGUCGGUCAGGUUGUGUAUCCACAGCAGUGACUGGAGGAGAAAUGACCACAGGGAGGAGUGCAGAAAGAAGAAAUGCCAUAGUACCCCUGCUUCAACACAACUGGACACCUUCCUCUGCCCCAGCUGCAACAAAACAUGUCUCUCCCUUAUUGGUCUCUUAAAGCCACAGCAGGUGCUGCAACUCUUCAACUGUUUGACUUCAUCCCUGAAGGUUCGCUCCUCCAUUGUCUCCCGAGACAGACAGAUGCCAAACAACCUUAUGACUCUGGCUAAGCACUUGAGAGCAGGAUAAAUAUAAAUGGGUUCUCCUUAGGAUUCUUUUAAAUUUUUGUGUUAGCCGCCUUGGAAUUAAUCAGCAAAAGUUGUACACUCCUCCCAAGCUUUGCAUGAUGGUAUAGAGGUAGAAGAGUGGGGAGAGGAAAACGGUCUGGGUCAGCAUUGGUCUAAAACCUAUUUGGGAUUGAGGAGCUUAAGAAGAAGUUUGGGGUGGAGGCAAAAAGCCUGGCGAGCUAGGAUGUAUCACAGUGACAGCUUGGAGGAAAAAUAAGCCGUUGACUAGGAAACCAUGUAGACGAGGUAGUUGUCUAUGCACAAUGUCAUUGCACUGAUAGCACAGUCAUUUUGGAUAAAUGGGAUGCUGAAGAGGUUUGGUUUUGGGGAAGAAAAUGCUUGCUCAACUUUCUUGUUCAUUUUUCACGCUGGGAUGGCUCACACAAAGGGAUCCUAGUGUUCCCAAAUUGAUCUAUCAAUUUAUGUUGCACCAUGUAUUAUUGCAGGCAUAGGCAAAUUCGGCCCUCCAGAUGUUUUGGGACUACAACGCCCAUCACCCCUAGCUAACAGGACCAGUAGUCAGGGAUGAUGGGAAUUGUAGUCCCAAAACAUGGAGGGCCGAGUUUGCCUAUGCCUGUAUUAUUGCGUCAAAGGAGCGGUGUUGUCAGCAGCAGGGAUAGUAGGAGUUGGUGCUAUUCACGUCUUGUGUUGAUUUUGAAGUCUGUACCAGCAGUAGCUCUGUAGGCCAAUUUUAUCUGAUAGGCAGCAGAUGACAGUUCUUAAACUAGUUUUCUGCAAUCUUUGGAUAAGCUUCAAGGUAAGGUGGUGUUUGGAUUUGGAGGGAAGGCUCAGGAUUGUGAAGAUUUCUUGAAACCUGACCUCUUGAGUAUGGCAUUGGUGUUUCUCCUCUCAAAGUUGUGCAAUACAAAGAUAGACAGCAGGAAAUGUAGGGCUGUUUGGGGUGCAAUGUUUUGUAUUUGCCUAUUUUUAUUUUAUUGUCUACUACCAUGACACUGUUUGAAUGAGCUGGCGGUUUGGAAAUACUCUUACAAAUAAAUAACUAGGAAGGCAUGUGCGCAGAAACAAGUAUAAAACUGUCAGAAAAGUCAGACAUAGGCCUGACCUUUGAAGCUUCCAGAGUAGCUCUCACAAGAUAUAUGUGCUUGUAUAUUUAGAAGAUAAGUAUAAAGCGUAGUGUUGGAACAAGAACGUGCUCUGACUAGGAUUAUCUUGAUUUCACUCGCUUCCUCUCUUGGCUUCAGUCAUUGUGAAUUCCAUCUAUAGCUCCACAAGAACCAUUCACAGCCCUAUUUAUUUAUAAUUGUUUGAAAUGGAAAAUGCAAGCCACAGUUUCACCAGUGUGUAUAUAUUUGCGUUACAGUUAAUUGCAUUGUGUGAUUAUUGUGUGACAUCUAUUGUGCGACGAUUCCUUUGGCCAUAGGAGGUGCUGAGUAGCGUUGUGUUUUAACAUAACGGUCGUGUUGUCCAAGGUCUCCAAAAAUGAAAGGGGCCUGCCAUUGAGCCAGUCAAAGUAUAUGCAGCCUGCGAUGUGCUCACAUGGAGAUAGUGCUUUUCAGAAGGAAGCAGUUGUAUGUCAUCCAGUUCAUUGAGGUUUUUGCAACUUAAAUAAAUAACUCUGCUUGGUUUUGGAAACAACAGUUCAUACCAAUGGUCUGAGAGCACUGUCCAUCCUGGUCUUCUUGGCUGCUGAUCCUGGGUCUGUUCGCCACUGAUCUUUGCCAGCCGGAUGAUAGAUAUGCUUCUGAAGAGCUUCAGAGGACAUUGUCCUCCAGACUUGCCAUUCAUUCCCUGGCAGUGGACUUCUCUUGAUGUUAUUCCACAACACGUCAAUUGAGUCCCUUGAGGGGCUGCUUUGUGAGUUGUGUACUUGGCAAAGGGAUUAGUCUUGGCAUCAAAGCCUGAACUUCAUACUCAAUGACUUUGUACUAGGAACUGUACUGCCGGAUAUAGUAAAUAUUUGAUGUAAUAAUGAAGGGGCAACUUGUUUAUUUAUUUCUGUUUUCGUCCCGCCCCCGGUUGUGGCCUAUGUAAACUUGGCCUUGAUAUUAUAAAGCAUUUUGGAGACUCCCAAGUACAGAUAACAGUUCUGGACACGAGCAUUCAAAAGGAAAGACUGCUUAGAGUCAUAUGAUCAGCCUGGCAGCUUGUAUUAUGCUUCAUUAUCUCAGCAUUUUCUGUAUUCUAGAGCCAGCAGGACAGAUUUAAAGCGCUCUCUCUCUCUUUCUUUUGCAGGCAUAUCUAAUCUUUAACAACCAUUCUGUUGUUUAUUAGCUAUCCAAUGCUGAUGAGGCUUGCAGUGCAGUGGAAGAAAGCUGCCCAAGUAGUAGAUAAAACUACAUUAUUUCUUUGAACAGCUUCCAGUUGGAUUCACUUCUUAUCUAGCUUUGGACAAACAAGGAUGGAUGUGUAUUUAGGUGAUAUGCCUGUGCCAGAAAAAUACUGAAAGGUGAAAAUAUGGUGUCAGGUGUUUUUUUUUUUUUGGUGUGUUUUUUGGUAAACGGCAGCAAGUGUUAAAAGAACUUCAUAGCAGAAAUGCACUGGUGUGGGCUUCCUUCGCCUGACCGUUGAGCUGGUGAUUUCCUUGCCUUUUAGCUAGGGAUGCAAUGUUGAGUUGACAUGAAAACCCGUACUUGGUGUUGGUGCUGACCUUUAAAGCCCUAAAAGGCCUCGGCCCAGUAUACCUGAAGGAGCGUCUCCACCCCUAGUGUUCAGCCCAGACACUGAGGUUCAGUGCUGAGGGCCUUCUGGCGGUUCCCUCCCUGCGAGAAGUGAGGUUACAGUGAACCAGGCAAAGCGCCUUCUUGGUAGGGGCCCCCUCCCAUCAGAUGUCAAGGGGAAAAACAACUACCGUACCUGACUUCUAGAAGACAUCUGAAGGCAGCCCUGUUUAGGGAAGUUUUUAAUGUUUGAUGUUUUGUCGUGUUUUUAAUAUUCUGUUGGGGAAACCCAGCCAGAUGGGUGGGGUAGAAAGAAGAAGAAGAAGAAGAAGAAGAAGAAGAAGAAGAAGAAGAAGAAGAAGAAGAUUAUUCAAAAGCACGUCCUAUUUUCUUCAGUGAUUAUAGGGUUGCAACAUAAAUCAGUUAGAUAAAUGGAUUAAAAACAUAUCUUUCGAAUCAGAAGCUGCUUCCAAUUAAUAGGUCAGUAGAACAUACUUUAAAAAAUGCUUAGAAAAAUUGCAGGUAUGAAGUCCCAUCUUAAGAGCUCUUCUGUGAGUGAGAGAGAAUGGGAAUGCUGUUUCUUAGGGCACAGUUACUGUAAAAAGAGCUGUGCUUCAUCUAAAAGCAAAGGUUGGCUUUUUUUCUUCCUCACAGCUUUUGUUUUUCUUGUGAGCAAAUUCGUGCAGUUCUUUGGGUUGCAAUCCUGCGUGCAUCUCUGUGGGAGCAAGCCCCAUCGAACAUGGUAGAACUUGGGUCUGACUACACAUUGAAUUGUGCCAUUGAUUAAUUCACAGACCAAAAAAUAAAUAAAAAUCAGUCCAAUUAUUUGAUUAACAUUUGUUUAAUUGGUGACAAAUCUGCUUCAACAAAUUAAUGGAUAUGCGCAUUAUCAACACCUGAUAAUACUUUGGCAAAAGUAGAGGGGACGCAACAUUUCUAUGAACAAAAGCAUCUGUUGCUCAGAAGAAAGGAUGUGUCAGUUCCUCUUGUGACAAUAUGCCGGAACUGUUAUAUUUGGUGAGGAUGGUGAGGGUGCCCAUCAAUCUUAGCUUUGUCGAGCCAUAGCCCAGGGGUUAAGGCAUUUGCUUUGUGUGCAGAAGGUCCCAAGUCCAAACCCCUGGCAUCUCUAGGUGGUCUGGGAAUGUCCCUAUCUGAAACCCUGGACAGCUGCUGCCAGUCGGUGCAGAGACAGUUAGAUGGGCUGGUGGUUUGCCUCUGUAUAUGGCAGCUUCCUGGGGUGCUGUAUGGAAUAGAUGUUAUUGAUAGAUUGAAGUACACUCUCCUUCUUUGCAUACAGUGCCGUAUUCAGCUUCAAGGCAGGGUGGAUAAAAAUGAAUGAUUUUUUUAAAAAAAAUCAGAUUUUUAAAAUUUAAAUACAAUUUUUUAAAAUUUAAAUCAGAUUUUUUUCAAUUUAAAUUUGAUUUUUAAAAUCAAAUGCUUUUGGAGGAAAACUCUUUCCAAAGAUAGUUUUCUAUUUAAGUUACAUUAUAGUCCAAAGGCUAUUUCAUCAGGAAAUAAGGAUUUGUUUUAAGUUUUUCAUGUGUGCUAAAAUCCUUAAGGUUUUUUCUUUUUUGUUUGAAAAAGUUGUUCAACCACGUCAGUUAACAAACAUGGAUACAUAUCCUAUAAUGUUAUUGUUUCAGUUAAAUAAAUUGUUUAAAUUGUUACUAAGGAAAUGAUUUUUCUCCUUCCAAUAAAGUGCAGCAGAAAAGUUGUCCGAAUAUAAACAGUUAACUUAUUAAACCUAACAAUGAUUCCAUAAUUAUCUAUGUAUUUCUAAUAGUAUAACCAGAUCAGUAAUUUUGAUAUGAACUACUCUGAAAAUUUAUUAUUCCAAAAAUGAAAACUUCAUCUGGUUGUAAAUAUUAAGAUUUUACCAGCAAGAAUGAGUCUUUUUGUAAAAAAAAAUGAUUUAAAUCAAGUCUUACUGACUAGUGAUUUAAAUUGAUUUGAUUAAAAUCAAAUCCGCCCUGAUUCAAGGUGCAAGAGUGUUAAUAGAUCAAGGCGUCCAGUACCUGUUCAUGUGAGAACUUCUCAUACCUGAGUGGCUUAUGUAUCAUCAGUGGAUGAAUCUGAUGGGAUGCCUUGGAAGAUGGCCUGAGGGUCAGGAGCAGAGACGCAGAUUGGGUGUGAUGAGGAAAAGCAUUUGGGUGGAGCAGAAAAGCUCAGGGUUGUGGAAGAAGACAAAACCACAAGUAUCUAAGUAAGCUUGUACUUCUUAGGCAUGUUUGAAGCUGAAGGGGAAUUAGGGUUUUAACGUUUGGGAGGCACGAAGAGUUGUUGCUUGGGAUUUUUCUAAAGGAAAGGCACAUUGCAAGUGCAUCUCUGGUCCGUGGAUCCAGCAGGUGUUAACAUUUAAUCAAGCCAGGCCAGCUUCCACCCGCCUGGGUGAUGGGCCAUUAAGAUAACAAAGGAAAGGGAGCACUGUGUCAGAUGACAAAUGGGGGGAGCCCUCCCUUGACUUGCAGACAGUGAGAAGGACAAAAGCCAGAAUUCAGAGUAGGGUUUGGGGGCUGUGGUGUCAACUAGAGGCAAAACAGCAAGCUGGGGAGAGAGAGUCAGAGAGCAAUGUUUGAUUUCUGUUUGAAUCUGAGGCUGUUUCUAUGAGAAAGGCAAGACCCCUUUGGGGUGUUAAUGCUGUGAACCUCUCCAUCGUAGGCUCAUGUUGCAUAUACAGUGGUACCUCUGGAUGCCUUGAGAAUUUUGGAUUGAAAACUAGCCUGAGCAUCAAUAAUUAAUUAAUUAUACCCAGCCUGUCUGGCUGGGUUUCCCCAGCCACGUAUACAUGAAUGAUAUGGAUAAACCUGCCUCCCUAAGGGGGGCCAGGGAGGAUGAAGCGGAGAGUAUUAAUUAGGCUGCAUUAGUCCUGGUGACAUAGUCAAACCAGGGCAGAGGAAAAGCUCUUACCUUGGGCUAACUGAGGGUCUGGCUCUCCCACUGCCACCCCUGCCUUUCCAAGCUGCAUGAAAUGAAGUGCCUUCCCUUGCUUUGGGGAACUGUUUUAGGAUUCUCAUUCACAGCCCAGAGAGUUCAAAUAGCAAUGCCUUUCCUUCCACAAGCUGUUGUCCUUAGCAGGAUCCAAGAAUGCUGGGACUCGCUCAGAUUCUUGUCUUAGCGGGAGCAAACCGGGCAGGAAAUACCGGCCUCUUGGCUGGCUUGCAGUGUAAGAGUUUUUGGCACGUGUCCAAGCAGAGCAGCCAGCUUCUUGCUUAGGUGUGAAAUUAGGGAUCUCCCAGAGUGUUGCAGGGAAGGAUUUGCUGAGUCUUCCCUGCCUGCCCAGCUGCUUAGAGCAUCCUGAACGGUGUUCCUGGCUUCUGCUUUGGGGGCAGAGGAAGAAAUCAGAAGCCCAGGCUGUUGCUCUCGCAGCGUUUUCCUCUUUUGAUUCUCCUCUUUCUUCUAGACUCUGCAAAGCCUUCAAGUGAUCUGAAGGAGCCGGAAGAGUCUCUGAUGCAGACUCCCCAGGGGAACCCGCUGGUGCUUCCCCACACCCUCCCUGAGCUGUUGAGCAAGGACACGGUGCAAGUGGAGCUGAUUCCUGAGAAAAAGGGUCUCUUCCUGAAGCAUGUGGAAUACGAAGUUUCCAGUAAGGUAAUGAAUGCCACUCGCUGGUGAACUGAAGAAGAAAGAGUGGGGAAUCCUUUCCCUGCAUUAGUUUCUGUGUUGGGCUGUCACCUGCUUGAAAAGUCAUGGGAGGUGGAACAUGUCGUUCCAAAGGGUUGGGGGUGACUGCUUCCUUUGUUUUGAGAUAAUGCACCAGUGUAGCAGGGACCAUUUUGAAAGAGGAAUUCCCUCCUGUCUAUAGAAGAGUUGAGGUGAGAUGAAGAAUAUUCAGAGAUAUUUCAUCCAUGCCUUGCUUGUCAAUGCCCAGAGACGUCUGGUUGGCCAUAGUUUGCUGGCCUACUUGGUCCUUUGGUCUAAUCCAGCCUUUCUCAGCCUGUGGGUCCCCAGAUGUUGUUGAACUACAACUCCCAUCACCCCCAGCUAGCAAGGCCAGAGCUCAGGGAUGAUGGAAGUUGUAGUCCAACAACAUCUGGGGACCCACAGGUUGAGAACCGCUGGUCUAAUCCGUCAGGGGCUCUUGCUAAAAGGGAAUUAAAUGUUUGAAUGUUGUAUAUCUUGGAGCACUAGCUGCUGGGGAGCCAACAAUAAGGAACAGUUAUUUCCUUUGAGCUCUGCUUUCUUGCAGGCAUCUGGCUUGACAUUUCUGGAAGUAGAAUGCUGGGCUAGAUGAACUUUUGGCCUGGGUUCUUCUCAUGAAGAAAUGCAGUGGGCCUGCUGAAGCACUGAAACGGUUUCCUCUUUUUCUCCUGUAGCGUUUCAGGUGCUCAGUGUACAGGCGGUACAAUGACUUUGUGGUCUUCCAUGAGAUGCUUCUUCAGAAGUUCCCCUACCGUAUGGUUCCCGCUCUUCCCCCCAAAAGAAUGCUAGGAGGUACGUCUUGGGCUGCUGAGAUGAGAUGCGCUUGAGGAGGGAUGGUCUGAGUAGCACAGGCUCAGAGGCUCUGCAGCAACAACGUUAUUCCAAUUCAAUUCAAUUCAGACAUCACAUCAAAGGGUAGUUCGUGGUAACCAAAGCUAAGAACCUACACAAUGGCUUGAGUUUCCAGGUGUAUAUCAGGCAAACCAUGGUUUGGAGCUGGUUGUGGGAUUUCCUUUCCCAUCUGCUCAGCACUUCUCUUUAAAAAUUCAUUCCUUCCUCCAUGGUGCAAGCCAGCCUCUUUAGAUUUUUUAGAAAUCUGUCAGUGGUUUGUUAAUUCAGGCAUAAUAGCAAACUGUGAAGAUAACUUCAGGUGGAAAGCCCAACCAUGGUUUGGCAUUAUGUGUGAAUUCAGCCAUCAUGUCUGGAGGGGAAGCUAAACCAGCAGUAGAGACCAGCAACUGGCAGGCAAACACAAUGCUGUAAUUUUUUCCAAGUUCAAAGGCAUCAAAGUCAAAGGUGACUCAGAUGUUUCUGUGCUACAGAUCCCAUCGUCUCUGAUCAUUAGCCAUGGUGGCUGGUGCUGAUGGGAGUUGUGGUAUGCUAGAUUUUGCUGAAUUACAUGUUAGCUCCCUCUGAGCUAUAUUCUUCCGAUUGUCUAGGAAAUCCUAUAUUGAGAGAACUCCAGUUUUAACGAUCACUUAUGCGGGUGAAUAACACAUUCUUAAGAAUACUCAAUUUGCAUGAUUUGUUCCGAACCCAGAGUUUGUGUUUUACAUUAUUUUCUGCCCCCAACUUCUUACUGUUUUGAUAAGAAUGCUGUAUGCUUGAGAACAUGAGAAGGAGGAGGAAGACUUCUAUGAAGAGCAAGGAAGGUCUCCAUGCUCCAUUUUGGAGCCUCUAAUUGUGUACACACUAUACCUUCGAAGCACAUUCGAAGGAUGUUUUCUCCCUCAAAGUAUUCUGGGCCCUGCAGUUUAUCCCUCAUAGAGUUACAGUUCCCAGCAACCUUAAGCAAAUUGGUUUUAUGUCUAAACAGAGGUGGUAGAGGAGGUUCUUGGGGCUGGAGGUUAUUAUUUUUUUUAAUCCUGCACCGUGUUCCUUCUCAAAGCUGACCGAGAAUUUAUUGAGACGAGGCGGCGCGCAUUGAAGCGCUUCAUUAACCUGGUGGCUCGGCAUCCUCCGUUCUCAGAAGAUGUGCUUUUGAAGCUCUUCCUCUCCUUCAGCGGGUCGGUGAGUACAAUGAAGCUGAACGGUGAAAGAUUCAGGGUUAAACUAUGGAACUCUGUCCUACAGGAGGCAGGACCAGACAAAUUCAUGGAGGAGAGGGCUGCUGAUGGCUAUUAGCCAAGAUGGCUAUGCUCUGCCUCUUAUGGUCAGAGGCAGUGAUGCUUCUAAAUACCAUUUGUUGAAAACCAGAUAAUGGGCGACUGCUCUUGUGCUCGGUUCCCGCUUGCCGGUUUCCUAACAAGCACCUGGUUGGCCACUGUGAGAACAGGAUGCUAGACUGUGUGGGCCAUAUUGGCCUGAUCCAGCAGGCACUUCUUAUGCUCUUACUCCUGAGUAGUGCAUUAUAGUGUAUGUUGGAUGCAUCUGUUCUGUGUGGACCAGGAAACUCCUCUGACUAACCCUUGUCUAAUUGCAAGUACCGUAUUGGCCCAAAUAUAAGCUGCACCUUUCAAAUUCGGAGGGGAGGGGGAGAGAAAAAAAGACAAUACCUGAAUACAAGCCGCUCCUUUAGAAUUCCGCAUGCACUUACACCUGUUCCGUAUGUCUGUUUCAGCAGCGAUAUCGUAAAAGCCCAUUUUUGUAAGGUCGCGAAUUUAAGCCGCACUUUUUACUUUUCACGGUCAGAAUUUGGGCUGGGGGGGGGAAGUGCAGCUUAUAUUCAGGCCAAUACAGUAUAAUACUGCUAACCAAGGGGAAUAUAGAAGAAUCUUCCUUAUAGCAAAGGUGCUUCUGGAUGUGGACCAUUUAUAUGGUCAUUCAGAUCUGAUUCCCCCCCAGUAUGUGCAUUUGGCAUGUUAGCUUCUACACCUUUUCGGUCAAAAUGUUCAUUGCUAAUCUGCCGCUUGCUGUCCACACCAAUGGACAGAGUUGGAUGGGAUAUAUCUGGACUGCGUGCCUCCGCCACUCGCCCAAGCUACCUUUUCCAUUCUGGACAUGUGCACAUGCAUUUAAAAAACAAAUUCCCAGGAAGUGUGUACAAGCAAACAUUGCCAGUCUUACCUAGCCAUUCAUCAUGUUUCACAAAGUGCAAAAUGGAGGCUUGUGCUUUGGAGGGUUGUGUGUUGUGAGUUGGUGGUGUGCACAUUCCCUAAAGGAGUUAGCCAGCAUUGUGGCAGAAUUAAAAUGACUUUGAAAAUGGCAGAAGGGAUGAGUGCAGGGGACAGAGCAGUCUUUGCCAGCCUGGUGCUCUCCAGAUAUUUUGGACUGCAACGCACAUCGGCCUUAGCUGGAGAGCACCAGGUUCCUGGAAACUAGGACAGAGGGUCCCUGAGGACUGUGAUGGAAUCUUGCCUAUGGGUUCUAUGAGGAAUGCAUUUUUAUUUUUUUAUUUUUAAUAAUGGUUCUAUCCAAGACAUUCCAAAGAUUCCAGAACAAUAGAGUGGAGAUGCUGUUGCACAUUUCCAGAUUUCUGUUUUGGCAACCUGGAGGGCUGGACAAAUGCUUUUAAAGGGGAGCUAAGAUUGUCUACAAGGUCAGCUUUUCAGCAAAAUCCAUGGCUGAUGUGAAAUAGAGGCACUCUCGAUGGCAUGUCUCUUGCAUUGAUCACUUUGGAUUGUAUCCAACUAAGUCCUGCCUAGAGUAGAUCCAUUAAAAUUACAGAUCCUAAAAUAACCAUGACCACUAAAUUAAGUGGGUCGGUACUGAAUGGGACUAAUACUGGAUAUAACUCUUUUGAGCUUCAUUAAAAUACCUUUCAGUGGGUCUCAUGGUUUUAAAGUUGACAGUUCUUAGUAUCCUCCAAUAGUUGUUUGGAGUGAUUUCUAAAAACCCUUUUGUGUAUCCCAUUCAGUCUGCCUUAAAAUGCUUGCCCUUUCUCUCUAACCCUCUAGCAAUGAACAGACCACACACUGUUAAGUAACUUUAAAAACCUUACUUACUAAAUCCAAAGGUCUGAUUCAUGCAUUGUUCUAUGCAGCUGUAAGGAGAACACAGGUAGUUUACUCUUGGGUGCAAAAUACAAAAUAUAUUUCCAAACAUGCGGUCUGAAGUUUGAGCAUGUUCAGACAUGUCCAUCCUGGUCAGUUACAUGGCACGGAGAGAGUAAGAUUAAAAGGCAGAGAAGCAGCUUCACUUCCUCCCUCAGGAAGAUAAGGGGGCAUGACCUAGCUGAGUCUAGGAACAGACCUCUCUGAUCUUUUUUUAAAAAAUAUUUUUGCAUUUUCUAUUUUAUAUAAACAAGCAAAAUGAAAACAUAAACAUAUAAUCCCCUUUGACUCCCUCCUCCAUUAUGGAUCUUAAUAUAAUGCUUGUUCCCUUUGCAUCUCUUUCAUAAUUAUAUUCUUAUAAAUCCUUUAUCAUUCCAUAGUUCAAAUUUUUGCUACAAAUUUUCUGUCAAUCCUACCAAUGUGUGUACUUUUUUACAAUAGUUUUUCAAAUAGAUUAUAAACUUUCCCCAUUUUUUAUUAAAGACCUCCUCUUCCUGGUUUCUAAUUCUUCCUGUAAGUUUUGCCAUAUCGGCAUAGUUCAUCCAUUUAAUCUUCCACUCUCCUUUGGUCAGAGUUGUACAGUCUUUCCAUUUCUUGGCUGACAGAAUCUGCGCAGCCGUGGUAACGUACACGAAUAGUUUCAUUUGGUCCUUUGGGAUCUCUGUAAUGCCUAAAAAGGGGCUUUUGUUUUCUUAGGUUAUUUUCAACCCCCCCCCCCAAUUCAUUAUAUAUCAUUUCCCAGAAGUCUUUUAUCAUCUUACAUGACUACCACAUGUGAUCAAAAGUACCCUCUUUCUCUUUACAUUUCCAGCAUGUUUUAGACUUUGUUUUAUACAUUUUAGCUACCGUAAUUUACUAGGAGUAAAAUACCAAUGAUGCGUCAUUUUCGUAUAAUUCUCCUUCAGAGUGUAACAUGAGACCUCUGUGAUCUUAACCCUUUCGUGCACUAACUAGCAGUUAUACAUAGUUAUGCUUGACUGCAAUGUCCCAUGAAAUAUACUCAGAGUCGCAAAGUGAUUUCAUGCUCUUUAUUCAGCUCAUAGUGGUGAGUAGGAAUGAAUGAAAGUCCCCUCAAAGUAUCUGCUUUAUAUACAUUAUUUACACAAUGGGCUGCACAUGAUUGGCUAAUUCCGGAAUUCUACUGUAAGCCAAUCAGGUUGUGGAUUCACUUCUAUCUGGAGCAUGAUUGGGUGGUUCCUGCCAACCAAUCAUACUGCUGCAUUGUUCUAGGACCAAUCAGACUGUUGCAUUCUGAAUCCUAUUGUUCUAGGACCAAUCAGACUGCUGCAUUUUGGAUCCUAUUGUUCUAGGACCAAUCAGACUGCUGCAGUUUGGAUCCUAUUCAACUCAGUACAUAACAUCCCACAUUAAGGCCUUUCCUGUUAUUGGAUAUUCAAAUGUAUUUUUGUGCCAGAGCAUAGAAGGUUCACUCUUGAAGAAGCCAGACUGGAAUUGGAGUGCUCUAAGAUACAGUGCUGUGGCGUUCAGCAGGAAUCUGGCGAAAUAGUUGAUUUGGGAAGAGGGUGUUUUGCAAGCAUAGCCAGUGCCAAUACUUUGCAAGGUCGGACUGCUGCCUGUCUCUUACGGUGGAGGGAGCAGGGAAGCGCUGCAGGUUUCCUUCCCGCAACAAUCUCGGAGCUGGCCUUGCUUGGCAGCCUUGCUUUUGGUGUGUCAGCUUGCCCCCCUCCCCCACAAGAGGCAAUUAAUGGUUGGGACACAUGUUUGCUUUGCCUAGAGAAGCAAAACACACUGGCGUGUUCAAUAAGGUUGUGCAGUCACAAGACAUGGACUGAGCGUAAGUCACCUGAUAACACAAACACACGCACUCUCUCUCUCCCUCCCUCUAAAACAAAAUCUGUUUCCAUUGCUUUUCCAGGAUGUGCAGAACAAGCUGAGGGAGUUGGUCCAAGGUGUGGGAGACGAAUUCAUGACUUGCAAGCUCUCAACUCAGGCCAAGGUAUUUUGUCUCAUGUAGCUGGAAAGUCUCCUACCUGCUUGGAAAACAGCAGCGGUUUUGUUUGAACAGCAAGCUCCCAAAGGCUUCUUUUGUAACAGCGAAGAGAGGCGCUGGCUGCAAUUACGCUCAUUUAUGCUGCUUCGAUCCCACUGACUUUGGCAUUUCAGGAGCUCAGCCAUGUGUGGAAGGCUCACACCCACUGUUUGCAGAUGACUCCUGGCUCUGAUUGGGUGAAAGGGGAGGAGGAAAAUGGUGGUCCAACAAUUUUAUUAACUAUAUAGCACCUACACUUGCACAGUGUACAAGAAUAUAUUAACAACAGACUCUGCUUGCAGUUUUGCAAUCUACAGCACACUUUCUGGCAGCUAGAGAUAAUUAGCUGGUUGUCUUUGUAAGGGGGGGGAGAGUGACUGUAGUGGCGCCAUCUGCUGGAUCAGAGCGAUCACUACAAGGUGGACUACUUUUUCCAGUUAACAUUUAGGGCAGGCAUAGGCAAACUUGGCCUUCUAGAUGUUUUGGGACUACAAUUCUCAUCAUCCCUGAUCACUGGUCCUGUUAGCUAGGGAUGAUGGGAGUUGUAGUCCCAAAACAUCUGGAGGGCUGAGUUUGCCUAUGCCUGAUUUAGGGCCAUGUGGAAUGUGUUUGGUUGGAUCUCCUGUCUCUUUAAAUGCAUUUUAAAAGGAGCUGUGUUGCGGAGAGAUGGGGAGCAGAUUGCAUUAGGGCUAUUACAGCACAAGAGAGGGGGUGCUUAAUCCUCAUGGCUGUAGCACGGACAAUUUUUUACUGCCCUUUUUAGUAUAUACCUGAGGGUAGUUUGCCCUCCUAGGGAUAACAUUCAGGUUCACAUAUGUUAUCGCAUGUAUGGACCCGUGUGUUUUCUCCACUGGGGUACUGAAUAGGCUGCUAGCCACGGUGGCUGUGCUUUGCCUACACAGUCAGAGGUAGGAAUGUUUCUGAAUACCAGUUGCUGGAAACCACCAGGUGUGCUGCUGUGCCCAGGUCCUGCUUUUGGGCUUCCCAUAGGCACCUGGUUUGGCCCCUGUGAGAACGGGAUGCUGGACUAGGUGGAUCACUGGCCUCAUCCAGCAGCCUAUUCUUAGGUUCUUACAGGAGCUAGAGGAGUUCAGUUUGCAUCAGGAAAAUGGCACGUGGUAGGGAGGAUUAACCUUGCCCUCCCCAGUUCUGCAUUCUUGAUACAAUUGGGUCCCCUGCUGCUCGCUUUUAAGAAGAUGGGAAACCCAGUUGCAGAUCUCCCACCUUGCCUUGUUUGGUUGUCUGGCUUCACGAUCCCCAGCUCUAUUGCAACCCUGGAAGAUUUUGCAAGAAAUCAUCACUUGGGCAACACACCCGCCCAUUUUUUUGAUUCCUGCUCCACCUAUUACUCCACCUUCUUGGAAAAAACGGUGGAUGCUUUUCACCCUUUUGUGAUCCAUGUAUUGGCAGAGCCCCAGCUUAACUUUCCAUACCUCCCUAUGUUUGCAACACUGGUAGCUGGGUGUGUGAGCGUCUGCUUGUAAUUCCCUGCUUAUCGGAAAAGUGGGUCAUGUGGAGUUGCAAAGAGAUUCCUAAUUGACAUACAUGCUGUCUGAGCUUGUAGGCAACUUUUCUCUCUGUGUGUGAAGCUCUUUCGUAGGACCGGUUGUGAACUAAUUUGUGUUCCACUCUAGGAUUUCCUGCCAGCUGACAUCCAGGUCCAGUUUGCUGCCAGCAGGGAGCUGAUCCGAAACAUCUACAACAGCUUUUACAAACUGCGGGAUCGAACAGAGAGGAUAGCCUCCCGAGCAGUUGACAAUGCCUCAGACCUCCUUUUGUUCGGGAAGGAACUAAGGUGAACUGGAUUCGGCUGAACUAUCUCUUUUGCAACCUCAAAAGCAGGAUAAACUAGAUGAGAUGAUGGAGAUCUGUCCGGUCACUUUUUACAUGACAAAUUGCAGCUGUCGAGGGGCGCUGAUCUGUUUUGGGACUGUGGUGCUGUGGGAUGGGAGAGUAACUAUUUCCCUUUGCACUGUUUUUCUGAAACAAAUCACAUCUUCCCAUCACCCUCACCCAAAACCUGUUCGUCCCCUUAAGCUCUGUACACAAAGGUGUUCCCUGUGUACAUGAAUUUUUCCCCAAAUGGGGCAGAUAGCAACUUCUUUAGAGGAUGGGACUGGAGUCUUAGAAACUUGGGGAAGUGCUGCAGAGAGAGAAGGUGUUGCUUUCCUUCCUCUGUGCUGCUGCCCUGAUCCACAUCAAGUGUCCCACUGCUUCUAUUUGCCAGCAUUUGAAGAAAUUCCACAACAGGUGACCUUUAUCUCAUCUGGUUUGAUUCUUAGUGGCAGAGGCGCGAUACCUUUUUGCAAGAACUGUGUGUCUGUAUGAGCUCACAGUCCUGUUCCAUGCGGAACUUUGGAGCUAGUCUCCACCUUUUCUGAUGGAACAUGAAUAAUCUGAAGAAAGGUGUGUUUCCUGAUCAUUGCAUGCUCCCUAAAAAGGCUAGGACAGCUUGAGUUUAAUAUACACAGAGCUACCAGGGAAGACUGGAGAGUGGAAUUGCAAUAAGUGGCUGCCCUCAGUGUGGCCACACGGGGCACUGCCUGCACCAACUGAUUUAAGUCUUUCUUUCUGCUGGCUGCUAUGUGUUGCCCUAUGUUAGAUCUGAACAAGCCUUAAUUUUGCAGAUGGGUACAAUCACUGGCGGAGGAAAGGGGUGUGGUGGGUGCGGCCCGCCGCAGGUGUCAUCCCUGAUGGGGGUGUGACAUUGCCGCUCUGCCCCCCUGGACCACUCGCAGCACCCCCCGGGACACUUACCGCUCGCUGCAGGCGGCAACCCCCUGGCACACUCGCCAUAGGUGGCAAUCCCCUGGGAGGCUUGCCGCUCGUGGCACCUACCCCCAGGUGCACAGCAUGAGCGCCGCUCCAGGUGCUGGAGCAUCUAGCUCCGCCUCUGGGUACAAUGACCAAGGCUGUGUAAACAUUGUGAUUCUGUGAUAGCACUGACCAAGCACAGGAUUUGAUGGUGGGUGCAGAAUUUGGAAUCUGCUUUCAUUUUGUUUAAAGCAAGUUUCUAGCACCUGGGGGGGGGGGCGGUUUGCAAUGAUGUGCUUGGAAGUGUGUAAACAAAUUAAUAUAUACACAUUUUGCUCAGUUUGCAAAAUGUGUGCAAGUGGCAGGAUCCUAUUUACAUUAUUGCAAAAUUGUGUUUUUCAUUUUUGAUCCAGAUCACAGGCAACUCUGACAAUGAUCACUGAUCACUUUAUCCUCUGUAGCUGUCAGCUGCAGAAGAACGGGGUGUGCACUGGGGUUGGGGUUGGGGGAAGGGGCUUGAGUUGCAAAGCAUAAUGAGGGUCUAGUUAAAGAAGAAAACAGAGCUGUAAUUUGGGACAGGGGACCCUUGGGCAGCCUGUGGGCUUUGUGGAAGUCUCCUCCUAGACUCUCUUGCAUGCUUCUUUUCUUCCUGUAGUGCUCUGGGCUCCGACACAACCCCACUCCCUUCCUGGGCUUCUUUGAACAAUAGUGCUUGGGGAAACCUCAAACAGGCCCUGAAAGGCCUUUCUGUCGAAUUUGCACUUCUGGCUGACAAAGCUGUUCAACAGGUGAGCUCCUGCUGCUUCUUCCUUGAAGGAAACGGGCUUUGUAGUUGUGCCCCUCUUUCCCCAUAGCACUCCUCCCCCCAAUAUCAAAAUUCAGGGCCCUGCAGGAUCAGACCUGCAAACAGCCAUGUUUCUGGUUCAUAGGGAUACUGGUUAUCAUCUGGAGGGGUCAGAAGCAAGUAGCACAGCCCAGGGCAGACAGGUUCUAAAAGGCCAGUGGCCCAGAGAAAGGAAGAUGAGGCAUGGGAGUCAUAACUUGAGCUCCACACCCACCCAGAUUUGCGUACCUGACACUUCUCCAUCUCCUUGAGAAAAGGAGGAGGAUCUGUGCCCUUCUGUGACCUAUACAUCACUGGAAGGAACCCGACCUAAAUUCUCCACGCCUUGCUGAGUUUUCAGCACUGUGGUGGCUUGGUGCAUGUGCAUGAAUAUGUUUAAGGGGGAAGAUGCUGAUUAAUUGAAGAGUGGUCUUGGCACACACGCUCUCUCUCCUCAAUCACUCCUUUCUCUCUCUGAAGUUGGGGACACUUUGCUUCUCUCUCUUUCUGCUGUGAAUAGUCAUCUGUUUGUUUUGACAGCCAUAUGAAGCUCCUGUAGAGCAGCCAGCCUGGCUGUCAAAUGCCUUAGAGUGGGGAUUGCAGUCGGAGGGUGUGGUUAUUAUAUAAGGCCGGGUGUGCCCCUGAUGGCUCCUCAAACCAUCCGAUUCUGCCUGGCUGAUGAGCUAACUGCACAACAGCUUUCAGUCAUUAUUGGUGUGGCGCUGCAGAGCGGCAGUGGUCAGCCAGGUCAUCCUCUUUGCAGCCCCGGUGGCUUAAAGAGCAAGGCAUCGAACCCUGUUUCCAGAUUCCCAGUCGGAGCCUCCUGGCUCAUCACUUCCCUUUCUCAGGCCCUGCUUAGAUGGACAGCCUUGGCAUCUAAGCCUGUUAGUCCAGGGCACUCCCACUGUAGCUCCUUGAGACUGGAGAUGUUGGGACAAGAGACUUGGAAAUGUCUAUCCCCAUUCUGUGCCUGGAUGGACUGCAGCCCAAGUCCACCCUGUUUCUUUCACUCAUUUGCCCUUCUGCUUUCUAGGGUAAACAGGAAGAGAAUGAUGUGGUGGAGAAGCUGAACCUUUUCCUGGACUUGCUCCAGUCCUAUAAAGUAAGCCCUGCUUUCUCCCUGCCAGUGUGUGAGUGAAUGGCUCAGAAACAGCUGUGUGUGCUUGCUUGAGGGCGUUACACGAGGCUUAAUGGAAAACUAUCCAAGGAAUGAGUUGGGAGGCCAAACUAGACAUUUGGGAGGUUCUGGUGGCAAGUUGGGCCUUUUUCAGGGCUGUGUGCUGGCCCUGGGAGGUGGAGCAAGGUAGGAAAUACAGCCAAGGUUAUUUCAGUUUCAGAUCAUCUCAGUUUAGUGUUACGUUCAAAACCAGGAAUCCUGGUUUACACAAACUAUGGUUAGUUGCUAAACAAGCCAACUUCAAACCAUAAAUUAAGACAAUGUCUUGUUUUAACUAACAGUUAUCUGUUUUAAACAAGGGUUCCUGGUCUGCAUGCAACAUUAAACUGCGGCUCUUUGAAGCUGAAAGUAAUCUCUGUUUUGCUCUGGGUCAGAGGCUUGUCUAAGUAUUGCAAAGCCAUGGUUUAGUGUAACAUGUGAACCAGCCCCUUAUCCUACUCACAUCCAUGUAUCCCUAAGAUUUUGUAUUGCAUUUGUAUGAUGUAUUUUAACUUCCUGUGGUGUUUUAAUUCACUAUGGGAGCCAAUUAUGUCUGAUUGGUGGGGUAUGAAUGUGGUACGUCCCCCCUAUUACAGAUGGGGGGGGUAGAGGCUGAGAAAAGGUGUGUUGCUUAAGGCCCACAUAGUGAAAUUGUGGCAAAUAUGAGAUCUGAAUGAAAAGCUUCCCAGCUCAAGAGAUCUGUUUCAUUCUGAUAUUGCGAAGUGAUGCAGGUAAGCAUUUAGACUGUGCUGGCAGAGAAGAAACUCUGCUGUGCUCAUUAUUUCCCCCCCCAGUGUGCUCAUUAUUUUUGCCCUUGACAACCUCCUGUGUCUCCAAAUGCUACCUGCUAUUUAACAAACCUUUUUUUUUAAAAAAAAAGAUGGUAAUUCUUGUUAACUUCUUUGAAAUUGACUGCAGCAUAAAAAUAAUAAUUAUUUCUUGGAGCAAGAUGGGCCAAGAUGGUCUUUUUGCAAAUCUUUUUAUUAAGCAUUUUAGAUAUAUGGCACGAAACACAGAGCAUAAAAUACAAAACACACACACACACACACGUUUCUGGCAGUGAGCAGUUUCCUACAGUGCAUUUAAAAUGCAAACUGGAGAGUCAAACAGUAAAAGCCAAGAGGUGGUAAAACUCAAUAUCUACAGUCCAAAAGCCUUUUUGAAACAGGGAGGUCUUUAUGCUCCAGUGGAAGGAGGCCACCCUGAAAGAUGGCAUCUCUGGGUGCAUCCACAGAAAAAGCCCUCUCCAUUCUUCCAACCAAACAAGGGUUUGGGAUGGAUGAGGUCUUCUGAAUCCUUUAAUAUAUGGGCAGGCUUAUAUUAGCAUUGCAGAACCUUUUAUUUCUAAAUCGUUUUUUUAUCAUUUUUUAUUUUGACAAAGUAAUAAUCAUAAAUAAGUAAGAGACCAUUCCAUUGUAACUAUCCAACCUCCCAAAAUUUCAACACCUCUUGUGAUAGUUUGAUCCCUUUCCGCUUUAACAGUACAAAUUCUAAAAACACCUUCUAUAUCUCCUCAAAAUGAUUUCUCCUGUGUAUUCCCCAUCUUACCUUAAUGGCACAUGUUAAUUCAUCAUUAAUAGCUAUAUCCCACACCUCUUUAUACCACUGUUAUGUGGAUCUGAGCUGUAUAGAAAGCAUCCUCUUUUAUAGGAUGACCUGACUUUUCUCUCUGCGAUGUAGGAUCUUUGCGAGCGGCACGAGAAGGGAGUUCUGCACAAGCAUCAGAGAGCCUUGCAUAAAUACAGCAUGAUGAAGAGGCAGAUGAUGAGCGCCACAGUGCAGAACAAAGAGCCAGAGUCUGUGGAGCAGCUGGAAUCCCGAAUAGUGGAGGUACAAUUUCCUGCUUCUUCUCCCAUUGUUUGUACUUUCUAAGCAUUCAGGGCUUUGUGCAUUCUGUCCAGACAAGUGUCUAGCCCACCUGGCUGUGGGCAGUGGCUUGUGAAACUCUUGCUAGUCUAGAUUUCCAAUGGUUCAGAGUGGUUUUGGGUUUUAGUCACCUUCAGUGUCUGUGCAAAAUAGGAAAAUACUGCUGGGCUGGGUGAAAACAAAGACACACUCCGAGUAGUGUAGAGUUACCUCUUUGAUUUAGUUGUGGAUCAUGUGUUCUGACCAUAACAAUACCCAGAGUGGUAUACAUGUGGCACGUUAAAAAAGGAAAAUGCUAAAACCAUCUAAAACUCCUGCUAAAGUCUCUAAGAACAUCCAGGAAUCAAGCAUUACCAGGUUAACAAAAAACAAACAGGUAAAACCAAAAAGUAAACUGGAUCUGACAAUCGACAGCAUGUAUUUGCUCACAAGGCCAGGUUGUAGCUUGGUGGAAAGCCCGAAAAGAUGGGGCUAAGCAGGCUCCUGUUGACAGAGCACCACCAAAGAGAAAGCACUUUGUAAAAGAUGAGAUGUGGAGCUUUGUCCCUAAAAGACAUAGAGAGUCUCAUAGGGGAUUAGGUGCUCCUACAGGCCAGAUCUGGGGAGCCUGGGAAGUACAGGAAGCUGCUUCAGCGGAGCAAGGAAGGGGAUAAUAGGCUUUGUAUGGCCUGACCUGGUCAAGAAAUAAAGCCAUCUGCUUUUUUCUUGCUGCCCCCUGCACUCUCAGUUGUGUUUGUAUCCUGCUGUAUAUGUGAGUCACUGACAGGUUGGGCAAACCCCAUGGUUGUUAAGGCAGCAUGUCCAAUAACAGCCUCCCCUUGUUGAUAAUGACUUGCUGCCUCACCUUUGUGGUUGCGUACAAACCUCUGGGGCUCUUGCUGUUGUGGGUGCUCAAGCUCCAGAAACAGGGGAGCUUAAAUCGCCCCAUUCUAGCAUGAGAGACAACUCCUGAGUUACAUAUAUUGCAUCCAUCCUGCCCUCUGUGUUUGCUUCAGGAGCAUCCCACCAAUCUCUCUUCUUCUUUUAACAGCAAGAGAAUGCUAUUCUGACUAUGGAGCUGCGGAAUUACUUCUCACUGUACUGUCUGCACCAAGAGACCCAACUGAUCCACAUUUACCUUCCUCUAACAUCUCACAUCUUGGGGGCUUUUGUCAAUUCACAGAUCCAAGGUCACAAGGAGGUGAGCACCUUUUAAAAUAAUUGCUGUUACAGUCGUACCUUGGAUCCUGAACGCCUUUGUACAUGGACGUUUUGGCUCCCGAAUGCUGCAAACCCGGAAGAGAGUGUUCCGGUUUGCGAAUGUUCUUUGGAACCCCAACAUCUGAUGUGGCUGGCGCAGCUUCCGAUUGGCGGCAAGAGCUUCCUGCAGCCAAUCAGAAGCUGCACUUUGGUUUCUGAACGGACUUCCAGAACGGAUUUCAUUUGACUUCCAAGAUACGAUUGUACCUUGGGUUACAUAUGCUUCAGGUUACAUACACUUCAGGUUACAGACUCCGCUAACCCAGAAAUAGUGCCUCGGGUUAAGAACUUUGCUUCAGGAUGAGAACAGAAAUCGUGCUCCGGCAGCGCAGCAGCAGCGUGAAGCCCCAUCAGCUAAAGUGGUGCUUCAGGUUAAGAACAGUUUCAGGUUAAGAACCGACCUCAGGAACGACUUAAGUAUUUAACCCGAGGUACCACUGUUUUACAGUGGUGCCUCGCAAGACGAAAUUAAUCCGUUCCGCGAGUCUCUUCGUCUUGCGGUUUUUUCGUCUUGCGAAGCACGGCUAUUAGCGGCUUAGUGGCUUAGCGGCUAUUAGCGGCUUAGCGGCUUAGCGGCUAUUAACGGCUUAGCGGCUUUAAGAAAAAGGAAACAAACUCGCAAGAACUCGCAAGACGUUUCGUCUUGCGAAGCAAGCCCAUAGGGAAAUUCGUCUUGUGGAAUGACUCAAAAAACGGAAAACUCUUUCGUCUUGCGCGUUUUUCGUCUUGCGAGGCAUUCGUCUUGCGAGGUACCACUGUACUUAUUCAGUUGUUUCUCACAGGAGCCCAGAAUGGAAAACAAAACAGCACAAAUUUUUUAAAAUAUUUGCAGCCUAUCUGUAUAUCUUUCUGUGUCUAUAUAAAUAGAUACUUGAUGGGCGAUCGUUCCUUUCAGCUUCUGCCAGUUUGGUUUUUUUAAGUGUCCCCCGUGAGAAUUCCCAGUUCUUUUUGGGUUUGGUGAAGGCAGAAUUCCCUCUAAGCCAGUGUGUAUUUAUUUAUUAAUGAAUGCAUGGGACCUGCAACCCAGUGUUGCGGAGUAGAGAGUUCCUUGUUCUGGGUUUGUGCUAGUCAGCCAGGAUACUCCACUCCCACCCCCUCCACAACAUUUUCCAUCUCUCUCUCCAUAUUGCUGUUUCCAAAAGAGCAAUUUACUAAUGGCAACAAGUGGGCUGCUUUGAAGCAGUACAAGGCUUGAAAAAGUCGGGGGUUCAGUCUUCUGUAAAAGUUUGGCUUACUCUUGAGGCAUGCUUCCCCCACCCCACAACGCUGCCUUGGGUGCAGCCCCUCAAGGACCUCGCUGACUUGCCUGAAUGCCAAAUUGUGCCCUUCUCUCCUCUUCUCUGUGGUAUGCCCCAUGGAGGACCUUAAGGUCCAUAAAUAGCAACACCCUAGAGGUCCCUGGCCCUAAGGAAGUCAGAUUAGCGUCAACCAGAGCCAGAGCUUUUUCAACACUGGCCCCGGCCUGGUGGAACGCUCUGUCUCAUGAGACCAGGGCCCUGCAGGAUCUGAUUUCUUUCUGCAGGGCCUGUAAGACAGAGUUGUUCCGCCUGGCCUUUGGCUUGGAGUCAAUCUGAUUCCCUCCCCCUCUCUUUUCCUUUCUGCUCCUGUGAUGAGGCUGCAUUUUAAUGUUGCAUUUUAAUCUUGUUUUUAAGUUUGUAUUCAUUCAACUUGUUUUUAUUAUUGGUUGUUAGCCGCCCUGAGCCCGGCCUUGGCUGGGGAGGGCGGGGUAUAAAUAAAAUUUAUUAUUAUUAUUAUUAUUAUUAUUAUUAUUAUUAUUAUUAUUAUUAUUAUUCUCCUCCCUUUAGAUGAGCAAAGUCUGGAAUGAACUGAAGCCGAAGCUGAGCUGCCUUUUCUCUGGAUCAAGCAACUUGUCGGCUCUACCCUUGUCCUCCCAGGAAGUCAACUUCUUUCCUAGUUAAUGCUUUUGGACUGUGGGGCGUGAUAGGGAGCGAAAGGGAGGAGCUUGUUCUCCUGCGCAUACGAAUGUCGAGAAGUCUCCUCCCAUUGGCUAUAUUAGUCCUUGUUGUUUCGUUUUGCUGCUUUGAGCUGCUCCAUGAUAUAUGGGCUGCCGGGAAAUGUGACAGUGCGUAGAGCGAGAAUGAGCAAGUUCAAACGGUUGUUAUCUCCGCUUCAUCAGUUUUGCUUGUGCGCACAGUCCCUUCAUGCGACUGAUCAAACACAGCAGUGAAUCUUUCACUUGUUUCCCAUUCAUCCAAACCAGGAAGCUGUGGUUAGCAGCUUUGGAAUAAGCCACAAUAGUAAACCAUGGUGUGAUGUUGGCUUAAUGUACUGGCCUGCUCUGAAGCUGUUGACCAUACCGUAGUUUGCCAGUUUGGGUGAAAUGGGAAAAUCACAUUAGUGGAAGACUUCCUGACUCGCUCAAGUAGAAGGAGGCACGACGAGGCUGCUUGUUCAGCCAGAAGGCUUAUUCAGAUCUUGGUAUUAAGCUGAGAGUUGAGCAUCAGUCUCUCGCCUUUUAUAUUGUUUUUGAAGGACUCUGGGGUGAAGAUUAAUUUCUCUGCUCCAAAAGCUUUGGUUUUAUUCUCUGCUAGGAGCCUUCUGUUGCUGAUACACUCCUCAAUUUGAAUAUUUUUGGAGUUUAUUGAUUGGCCCUAGGAAAGCAACUCUUUUGCAAAGUAACUAUCCUCAAAGGAUUCUUGUGAGUUUUAAUUUUAUUUUAUUAAGGGAGGGAUCAGCACUCAGUGGUCACAGCUCCCAGAUUCAGUGCUUGCCAUCUCCCAUUAGAAGGCUCACGCAGCAGGUGAAGGUUGGGGAGGGUCCUUCUCUGCCUGAGUCUCUAGAGGGCCACUGUCUGCCAGACAUGACAGGACUGGGCUAGAUGGGCAAUAGUCUGAUCUGGUAUAAGGCAGCUUCCUAUGUGCCUUGCUUUAUAUGUUCCUGAGAGUGCAGGUGGCAAAGGUGAGGGUGAGCAGAGUGCCAUGGGCCAAAUCUGUCGCUGCCCAAUCGCCUGCCCAAAGACAUAAGCGCUGUGUACACACUCCCAUUUACUCUGCAUCAAGUGUGCUCCUACAGCGUGUUUGGGAAGUGGUGAGCAUGUGACAUGAACCACAAGCCAUAUCUACGGCCAUCUGCCAUGGAUGCUUUAGUUGAGAUUCCUGCAUUGCAGGGGGUUGGACUAAAGGACCUUUGGGGUUCCCUUCCAACUCUACAAUUCUAUGAUCCGUUCAUUCCUUAUAGAGUACUGCAGUUUGAUGCAUUUCCCUCCAAACUGGCUUCAAUUUGAAUUGAGAAAAGGACAAUUGAGUUGUGUUUUCAGGUGGUAUCAUAUAAACAGUCACAAUGUGCAGAAAGGGAGCUGCGUCUGUGGCAUUAGGGCAUACCAGCAGUUCACAUUGCGUGUGGCAGUUGAUACCUUUGCCACCUCCCACUUCUUAAAAGUGGUUCUCCAGCAAAACCAACUGCUGGCCAGGGACCAAAGGGACACUUGAAAUUAGACCUUUUCUAGCAGAAAACUUCUUUUGCAUAUGCUUCUGUUCCAGCGUGGUGUGCUUGCAGUGAUGUACACACGCAAGGAAGCUGUAUCCUCUCCAAAAUAUAUCAAAUGCAAAUGGUGAAAACCAUGACAGGAAGAUGUAAUGUGGAAUAUCUACAUUAAAGGCCGUCUUUAGAAAGCCAUGCGGAAUAUAAGAAUAAUUUGUAUAUCAAAUACACACUUAUUUCCAAAUGGGACUAAUGAAGUCAAAAAAGAAUUUAGCAUUCCACAAAGGAAUGAGGCACAGAUUUCAAAGUUGCUAAACUGAGAUAGUAUCAAAUACUACUCACCCAAGUAUAAUACCUUAAGGAUGAAUUAAAGAGAAAAUCAACAAUGAAUUGAGCAAGCAAAUAUAUUAACUUCACACACUUUAGUGUUUGCUAUUUUACUGGCUGGGAGAUUUAUUAGUCUGAUUUAGAGAUAUAGAUAAAUACAUUUUAAUAUAUUCUGAACUGCUUUCUGAUAUGGUCUGUUAAUUCAGAUAUCUUGCGGUUUAUAUUUUUCGCUGGUAUGCAUUUCAUAUAUUUUAUCUGUUUGGUUGUGUUUUGUCUCCCACAUUUUCGGUGCUUUAAAAAAAAUUAUCUGCAUAUGCUCACUGCAGUAUGGAAGUAUGCAGCCAUCAGCCGUUUUUCAGAAGCAUGACAUGGGGGUCACAUUGGAAGCAGCCCCAUUAUUUCCAGCUUCAAAAGGUGUGUGAAGCAUUUGCUUCAUUCUUCCCUUUAGAAUUGCAAGAUACGUGUGGUUGAGGAGGAGAGUGUAAUGGUUGUCCCUUGCUGUCAGAUACAUUGGCAGGAGGCUGUAUCCUUAUCAAUAGACCCCAGUAAAGAAUGCAAUGAAAGCCCCUCUAUUCGAAUUUCUGACCCAGCUCUCCUUCCACUGGAUGUAAUGGCGUCUUGUUUCAAUCACUGGGAAAGAUGGAUCUUAAUUUUGAGAUUCAAAGGGGCCUCCUCCUCUCCAGGGUCAGGCUCUGGAAAACAACCACCGCCCCUCACAAGUUUGCAGCAGGAAUGUUGCCUAUGUUGUCACCAGGGUAACUUCCCCUUAAUCCACAUAGUGCAUAGCAGGUGAGGGAAGGCAAAGGAUAAACGUGUAGCCAGGUUAAUGGUAUUGUGCUGGGUUUUUUUAAAUUACGAGACUAAAAAGCAGGCAGCCCCUCUGUAGCAUGGGGGGUGGGUGGGAUUAAACAUGGUUGGAUCGACUGGUCUGUAAUCUUGCAAAUUGCAGAACCAGAUUCCUACUGCAGGUGGACAUUCUGUUGUGACGUUUUGUGUUAGAUCUGCCUUCGCUGAGGGAUGUGUGUGUUUCAUAGAUAAAAUAUAUGAAAGGAGGGAGGUCCUGGCUCCCUCUCCACAGGCUUCUCUGCGUUCUUGGGACCAUAUUUCAAAACAAAUCUACAUGUGCCUUAACAGUACACUUGCCUCAAUGUAAAUAUAAGUCUGUUAGUUUUUGAAGCACAUGUUUUGCCCUUUAUGACUGGAGGGAUUAGGAGCCUUUUCUCCAGACUUCCCUCCUUUCCUUGCCUUGUUUUUCCCCCCCAAGGGCCAACCUCCUGGUUUCUCCUCCUUUAAAUAGCUAUCAGAAGCUGCAGGCCUCUCCCCUAUGCAGGGAAUAGCUCUGACCAACACAAGGACCUCAUCAGUGUCCAACUCUGGUGUCGGGAUAUUUCACCUGCUUAGGACCAAACCGAUGGCUCAGGUAGGCCUUGGGGCUUUCUCCUUGCCUAUUAGUUAAGGGCUACUUGUGCUGGCAGGAGCUGUUCUCCAAAACACCCAAAGGGCCCCAGGUUGGUCAUGCCUGGUUUAAGCACACUGCCUAGGGGGACUCGGGCUGCAAACCAGCCUGAAGGCCUGCAAAGUGCACAUUUCUACUUUUUUUUGCAGAAAAACUGACCUGCCUUUUCUUUUAUAUGUUAAAAUAGUAUAUUUUUGAAAGAGUUUAUAAUGCUAAUUAAAAGUAUUAAUCUUAUUUCUUCAAGCUUGAGCAGCCAGCAAGGUUUCGUUUUGUUUGUUGAUAACAAAAGAGGGCAGGCAUAAGCUGCCUAUGGUGCCUUCCACUGGGGGGCUUCGCCUUCUUCAGGAGGACCAAACUGGCUUAAUUGCGCAUGCGCCACAUGAAAUGGAUGUUUUUGCAGCAUCCGAAAAGCCAUCAUCUUCUUGUAUUCCAUUUUAUACACAAGUCCCUUUUGAACAUGGUGGGACUUACUUCCCAGUGAGCACAGGAGUGCGUGGCUCUGAACAUACAUGUUUACUCUGAAGUAAACCCCACCAAAAUCUGUGCGGUUUACUCAUUCAUGUGCACAUAACUUUAUGGCAUUAAUGGGUGACUGAGACAAACGCCUUUAAUGUGGUUUUAGUUUUCCUCCAGCUUUGCCUAGUCAAAGGACAGCUGCAUAAAACUGCUAGUCAAAGAGGCUGCUCUUGUUGGACAGAAAAUCUAGUCUCUACUUGGAGAGCAGUUUUUUAUGUGUUCACUCUUUUGGGGAAGCCACAUCCAUGUAAGAAGUGAGAAUAGCUCUGCAGUGUGUAAAUGUCUUAAGCCUUAAAGGGAAGUUAUAUUUCAACGGCCAAACUCUGAAUGCCAGGUGGAACAACUGGCAAACUCUCAACUCUUUAACCUCUCCCCUCCCCUUUAGAAACCGCCAGUUGAUAAGGGGUGCUUUUCUUCCCAGUAUUUUUGAAAUUUGCAAACUUCAUGUCUCCUUCUCACUUUGCAUAGUGUUUUUUGUUUUGUUUUUUUAAAAAAUAAAUAAAGCACUUUAUCAAACUGCAGGAAUUGGAGUACGUCUUACUACAGCUGAUAAACUAAAAAAAAUGUUUACAGAUUUUAUGACUAUCCAAAAAAAAUAAGAAUCUAUCAAAUGUUACAAAAAUGUGUGUUUGUGAAUGAUGUAUGAAACUUGCAUAAAAAAAUUAAAAGUUUAUUUCAGUUGCAAAUUUAUUACUCGUCUUUGAGAUGUGUCAGGGUGCUUGGUUACUCAAGCCUCUUGAUGUGUGACUGGUUAUUUCUUGGCUGCGUGUGGAGCAAUGAACACUCACACUGAGGCGAUUGAAUGACAGACAUUUAAAACAGAAGAAAUAAAAGGGCACAUUAAGACUG